CAAAUUAAUUAAUAAAUGAAUUUAACAUUUUUAUUUCAGGUGUGCUUUGAUUGUGGUGCCAAAAACCCCAGCUGGGCAAGCAUAACCUAUGGGGUGUUUCUCUGCAUUGACUGCUCAGGGUCACACCGGUCACUUGGUGUUCACCUGAGUUUCAUUCGAUCUACAGAGUUGGAUUCUAAUUGGUCAUGGUUUCAGCUGCGAUGCAUGCAAGUUGGAGGAAAUGCCAAUGCCUCUUCCUUUUUCCAUCAACAUGGGUGUACCACCAACGACACCAAUGCCAAGUACAACAGCCGCGCAGCCCAGCUCUACAGGGAGAGGGUCAAGUCUCUGGCCUCCCAGGCUACCCGGAAACACGGCACCGAUCUGUGGCUUGACAGCUGUGUGGCUCCACCUUUGUCUCCUCCACCAAAGGAGGAAGAUUUUUUUGCCUCUCACGUCUCUCCUGAGGUGAGCACCACAACACAGCCAUCAGCACAGCCAGAACCAGCUCCCUUAGGACCACGGGCCACGGAAGCCACUCCAGAAAAUAAGGAAGGGGGACCAGAGCAAGGCCCGAGCGUGGAAGGUCUUAAUGCCCCAGCGAAGGCUGCUGUAGAGGUUUCCUCUAUCAUAAAAAAGAAGCCAAACCAAGCUAAAAGAGGACUUGGAGCCAAAAAAGGAAGCUUGGGGGCCCAGAAACUGGCAAAUACGUGUUUUACUGAAAUUGAAAAACAAGCACAAGCGGUGGACAAAAUGAAGGAGCAGGAGGACCUGGCCAGGGCGGCGCCCAAGGAAGAGUCCAUUGUGUCAUCUUUACGAUUAGCCUAUAAGGAUCUUGAAAUUCAAAUGAAGAAGGAUGAGAAGAUGAACCUGAGUGGGAGACGGAAAGCCGACGCGGAGAGACUGGGCAUGGGGCUUGGGAACUGCAGGAGUGGCAUUUCUCAUUCAGUGACUUCAGAUAUGCAGACCAUAGAGCAGGAGUCUCCUACCCUGGCAAAACCGAGAAAAAAGUACCAUGAGGACAGCGAGGAUUCUUACUUUACUUCCAGCUCAAGGUACUUUGAUGACCCCAUGGAGAUAAGAGGCGGUUCCUUAUCCAGCUGGGAUGACAGUGCAGAUUCCUACUGGAAGAAAGAGAGCAGCAGGGACUCAGAGGCGGUUGUGAAAGGUGCAGCCUCUUCAGACAGAGCUACUACUGCUCGUCGCAAGCCUGACUAUGAGCCCAUUGAGAGCACAGAUGAGGCCCAGAAGAAGUUUGGUAACGUCAAGGCCAUUUCAUCAGACAUGUACUUUGGAAGACAAGCCCAGGCUGAUUACGAGAGCAGGGCCCGGCUGGAGCGGCUGGCGGCCAGUUCCUCCAUAAGUUCCGCUGACCUGUUUGAGGAGCAGAGGAAGCAGACGGCAGGAAAUUACAACCUCUCCAACGUGCUGCCCAGUGCCCCCGACAUGGCGCAGUUCAAGCAGGGCGUGAGGUCCGUGGCUGGAAAGCUGUCUGUGUUUGCCAACGGAGUGAUGACUUCCAUCCAGGAUCGCUAUGGCUCCUGAUCCCCAGGUCAGGCUCUGCGCUUCCUGGAGAAAUUGCCUCUUCUCAUGGACCAGUGACCGCAUCUCAGGCUGCGAUAAAGACCAGACACACCAGUUUUCAAGAUUGUUUUGCUACUUUUUCACAUGGUAUAUAUACACUUCUGAUUUUUAGUAUUUCUUUUUGAGAAAUUCCUAUUUUUAAUGUAGAGAGAAGCCUUAUUGUAAUUUCCAUUUGCACCAGUCCUGCGCAUGCCCCCUGUGGGCACGUCCCAGCGGGUCCUCGCUUUAAUUUCCAGGAAUCUUUAGUUCCAGCAGUGGGGCUGUAGUCCCCUCCGCCCCUUCUCCCGGACUGAGCCUUCCUCCGGGGAGCUGGGCGCGCACUGUGUCCGCUGACCGGGGAUUGGCCUGGAGAAACAAAUUCAUAGCACACAUCUCAUUGAAAAGGGAGCAGAGAAUAAAAGAAAGACCAAAAUGACUGGUGUCUGAUUUGACAGAUUGACUGUUCGUUUUUAUUCAUAUAUUGAGGUGAUUUCAAAAUAAUGUCCCUUUGCAAAUUAUUUGUUAUGUUCUGUAAAGUUAAAAGCACUACGGGGAAGUAUUUUUAACAAACCUAAGCUUCCACAUUGUCAAGGGAGUUAAUGUGGUCUUUUGACGAGGUGUUGCUGUGUGAUCUAUGAGGAGGGAAAGCCGAGAGCCCCCUGCGUGUGCCUAUGAGUCAGUCCAGUGGCAGAAUUACGGUUGGAGAAGGCGAGGGGGCAGACAGCGGUCAUCGUAGUGAAAUAGCUUUGUUACGAUUUUUUUUGUCUUAAUCUUGGUUUUCAAAAAGUCACAGAAUGUUUGUGAAUCAAUAAAUAAAGACAAUCUGGCUGUGUGGUAGAGGCACUGGGCUAUGUUGUUCAGCCAUAAAACAUUUGAAAUUUGAUGAACCAAAAAUGUGAUUUCAAAUGAAUAUUUUGUGAAUCUUUCUUAAAAGCUCAAAUUUGUAGACUCCUAAAUACAAUAAACAGUCGCAGCAGA